UUGCAGUUACAUUGCCAACGGUGUGAUUUAAUAUCGUCAUAACGUUUCAAUCUGUUCAAUCACAGGAUUGUCUCUCUGUUUUUGACUAUAAAGGUGCAUAUUUCACAGACCUCAGACCAUUCAGUGUUUGAUAUAGUUUAAAGCAGUCUACUAAAAUCACAAUCAUGAGCGGAAGAGGCAAAGCAGGAAAAUCGAAGGGAGGCAAAUCCAAGACCAGGUCGUCCCGUGCCGGACUUCAGUUCCCGGUCGGUCGUAUCCAUCGUCUGUUGAGAAAAGGAAAUUACGCCGAGCGUGUCGGAGCCGGAGCACCCGUAUACCUGGCCGCCGUCAUGGAAUACUUGGCAGCAGAAGUUUUGGAGUUGGCCGGUAACGCUGCCCGUGAUAACAAGAAAUCCCGUAUCAUUCCUAGACAUUUGCAAUUGGCAAUCAGGAACGACGAAGAAUUGAACAAACUGUUGUCCGGUGUUACAAUCGCUCAAGGCGGUGUGUUGCCUAACAUCCAAGCCGUUCUUUUGCCCAAAAAGACCGAAAAAAAAGUCUAAUUCAACUACUGAACAUAAUGUUCUACUAAAAAGGCCCUUUUCAGGGCCACUAUCAUUCAUUCAUAUACGGGUCCCUUAUUAGUAGUAACGUGCGCUCUGUAACAUGUACAUUGUGGUUUUAUCAUUUUUAAAGCUGACACCGAUGAUUUGACUAUAAAUCAUGUGAUUUUCAAAAUUUAUAACAGAAUGAAAUUUAGUUUUUAA